AUGACACGUUGGAUUCUAGGCGACAAGUUCGACAAGGUGUAUCCUCACAAGGGGUCCUUGAAGGUCCUGUGGGAGUCGCGAUGGAGGUUUGCUUGUCAAAAAUCCAUCUAUCCGUUCCAUGACGGGUGCAUCGAGGACUUUGAGCCCAUCUUCACCAAGCUCAUCGCGGAAAACAUCAACGAUGCCGCCUCAGACGAAUACACCGAGACGUUCUUUCCGACGGCUGCUGCGCUCGAGGAAAAGGCCCACCAGGCACUCAAGACCGGCAACAAGGAAGAAGCCUCAAACCUUCUCUGCCGCGCCGCCGUGGUCUACCGCAUCUCCCGCUUCCCCUAUGUCGACAUCACCAAGCCCAACUCCAUCAAGCGCACGGCCUUUGAGCACCAGAAAAAGGUGUACCUGAAGGCCACCUCGCUCUGGGCCCGUCCCAUCCAGGAGGUGAUGGUCCCCCACGUGUACCGCUCGGGCCAGGACGGCGCCCACAUCCCCAUCUACAUCCGCACGCCCGCAGACGCAGGGGCCGAGAACCCCGUCCCCGUGGUCAUGAUCAUGACCGGGCUAGACGGCUACCGGCCGGACAACAGCCAGCGCACGCACGAGAUCCUCGCGCGCGGCUGGGCCGCGGUGGUGGUCGAGAUCCCCGGCACGGCCGACUCGCCCGCUGACCCGGCCGACCCGAGCUCUCCAGACCGCCUGUGGAACAGCGUGCUCUCGCACUUGGAUCAGCAGCCGGCACUGGACACGGGUAAGCUGGUGGUCUGGGGGCUGAGUGCCGGUGGGUACUACGCCAUCCGGGCGGCGCACACGCACCGCGAGCGGCUGGCGGGAUCCGUAGCGCAUGGUCCGGGGUGUCACCACUAUCUCGACCCGGAGUGGUUGAGCCGGGUGAACGACCACGAGUAUCCGUUUGAGCUGACCAAGGCGUGGGCGACGAAGCACGGGUACGCCAGCGAGGCGGAGUUUGUGGCCGGGGCGCAGAAGAAGUUCUCGCUGGUGGAAACGGGCGUAGUCGACCAGCCGAGCUGUCGCCUGUUGCUGUUGAAUGGCGUGGACGACGGCGUGGUGCCGAUUGAGGAUUGUCUGGUGCUGUUCGACCAUGGCUCUCCCAAGGAGGGACGAUUCUUCAAGGGACUUCCACAUAUGGGAUAUCCCAACAGUCUGCCUGUUUCGUACAAGUGGCUGGAGGAGGUGUUGGCUCUGCCGGCGAAGGUGAAGAAUUGA